AUGGAUAACGAAGGGAACGAUUAUCUCGGAGAACCUGAAGACUACAGUUAUGAUUAUAAUGCACUUAUUGCCAGAGCACGCAAACUAGACACACCACCAUCUGUAACUCUGGCUUUCGGAGUCCUCUUCACGGUUAUCAUAAUUGUUGGAAACAUCUGGGUUAUAAUAGCCGUUUUUAACCAGCCGAAACUCAGAAAGUCAGCAACGAAUUUGUUCAUUGUCUCGUUGUCCGUGUCUGAUCUCAUGGUGGCCGUCUUUUUCAUUCCGUAUCAUGUAGCUUUUUACGCAUAUAACAUUCCUAUUAGGAAUUCCGUGUUUUGUAAAGUUACGGGAUACCUUCAUUGGGCAUCUCAGUGUGGGACAACGUUUUCGUUGAUAUGCAUUGGGAUAGACAGAUAUCGUGCCAUUGUACAGCCCAUGCGACCGAGACUGACUGUACAGCACGCUGCUAUCGGGUGUACUGUUGUCUGGAUGUGCGCGUUGGGUUAUUCUUCGUUUAAACUCUCUGUCAACGACGUGAUAUUUGACAAUCAUACGACAUCUAUACAACGUGGCAACGACACGUUUUACGAGUACGAACAAGUAUACUUCUGCCACGUGGCUGAUGAGGACACCGAUCACUGGUUCCGAUUGGCAGAUCUGAUCAUAAUGUACACCCUUCCACUUCUAAUAUUGACAAUUUUAUACUCAAUCAUGGUAUUCACUUUAUGGUUCAGCAAAUCGCCGACGAAUUCCAGCAGUCGUAACAAAAAGAAAGCCGUGAAGAUGCUGAGCUUCGUCGUGCUACAGUUCGCACUAACGUGGCUCCCUAACCACACGCUGCAGUUCUAUUACACUUGGAAUACGACGUACCCAAAAAAUGAAUUCGUAUGGUCCAAUGUACCCUCUAAUUUAGCUAUUUUUAUCUUUGUCUGCAAUAGCUGGAUAAACCCUUUCCUUUAUGCAUAUUUUAAUGAAAACUUUAGAAAAGAGUUCAAGAAAAUGUUCCCAUGUUUUUACAAUUGUCGUAAUUCACGAGUUGCACCCGAAGAUACGGGAAAUGUGAGGUCUGGCCCAACUAGUCAAACCCGUACGGGUUUCGGUGUUAGAACCCAGGUUUCCAUCGUCGGCAACACAGUGUCGUGA